UCAACAGAGUUACGUUUCGACUUGCUCUUGCUACAAUGAUCUCAGACUUUGGUGUUAGUGUAUUUCAAUUAAUUGGUGCAACCCUUGCAUCUCCCACCGGCCCAUCAUGUAUAAUCGCUAUCUGGGGAACUGUAUUUUUUAGUCUCGCAUCAAUUUUUUUCCCUACUUGUAUUGCUCUGAAUCUACAAAUCGUGUUCAUUCAUGGGUACAGGGGUAGACUUAAAUUAGAAAUGUUUUAUUUCAUAAUUUCGAUCGCUUUAGCCUCAAUUCUAUCAUUAGCUCCGUUCGCCGAUAACAUGUAUGGUUGGGAUGUGCCUGAAGCGGUGUGCUGGUACCGUGACUCGGGUACAAAAUUGAGUAUUACAUGGCAAUGGGCAUCAUUUUACACUUGGGAAAUAAUUUGUAUAUUAUACUGUAUAAUAACAUUAAUUUGUAUUGGGGUGAAAUUACACAAAGUGUCAAGUCAAUCAAUAAGCACUAAUAAUAUUGAUGGUCAAACAAUGACAAGUCAAUAUGAUAAUAAUGUUUUAAGGAACAAGGCUAUUAUAUCAUUAGUGGUUGGAAAGAAAGUCAGUUUUGUAUUUUCAAUACUGGCUACUCUCCUCUCAUUUCAAGGUUUUCUCAAUACCAUAGUAUUUAUGCAAGAUAUCGCGGUUUCUAGAGCUUAUAAACUAACAAAAUUAAAUUGGUGGUGUAAUUACGUUAAUAAAUAUGAAGAGUCAUAUCCUCAUUUAUCACGUAAUAAAGCAAUAGAUUCGGCUGAUCAGGUUGAUCAUGAAAUCAAAGAUGAACAAAGUCAGAAACAACCUUCCUUUGCUGAAAAAUUACGAUAUAAUUUCUUAAUUUCACUCUUUAGUAAGCCGAAAGGAGAUAAAGUGUUAAUCGAAUACGAUCAAUAUAUGACGGUAAAAGAUGAUGAUGAAUUGUUGUCAACACAAUCAAUGAAUGAUAAAAAUGGUGAUGAUGCAACAGUAAAGGAUGACGGGGAUAAUCUGGAUCGAUUUAAUAAAAAUGUAUUAUGCAAAUUGUAA